AUGCCCAAGGGUGGUCGCGCUGUGCCUCCCGCAAUCGAAGGAAGACAGUCAGCAGCCAUUUUCCAAUGCUCGCGUGACGGUGCAAUCGCUGUUCUCUCGAAAUGGGCCGCGCAUGGGUUUGCUGCAGAAGUCACGAUUGCUGGAAAUGUAAUAUGGAAGCAACGAUCACGGCUUCACUGCAAGGCGGAAGAAUCGGCGGAAGCGGCGGCUAUUGCGCCUCCCGCGUGCGCUCGUACGCUCCGCUGCCGCCUUGAGGAUGGAUUUCAGAGACGGCUAGCCGCUUUCAGCAGGUUCUGGAUCGAAUCGCGGAUCGCGCGAAUGCGAGCUAGCCCCCAGAGGUCCUUUACACAUCCUGCAAGACGCCAUUAUUCAACAAAUACGUGCUCGCGCUGCCGCACAACCCCCAUAUUUCCCUCUGUUCAUCUUUCCCUCUGUUCCUCUUUCUCCUUUCCUGUGUAUUUCCCACCGCCAACUCGCUUCCUCGCUCUCUUCCUUGCUUUCUUCCUGAUUACCUUCGUCUUUCCCUCUCAUGCAUCCACAAUCCCCUAUAUCCUUUAUUUCUUAUCCUCAUUCCUUUCCUCUUGUUUUCUCUUCACGCCAGACGCCAUUAUUCAACAAAAACGUGCUCGCGCUGCUGCACAACCCCCGUAUUUCCCUCUGUUCAUCUUUCCCUCUGUUCAUCUUUCCCUCUGUUCAUCUUUCCCUCUGUUCAUCUUUCCCUCUGUUCAUCUUUCCCUCUGUUCAUCUUUCCCUCUGUUCAUCUUUCCCUCUGUUCAUCUUUCCCUCUGUUCAUCUUUCCCUCUGUUCAUCUUUCCCUCUGUUCAUCUUUCCCUCUGUUCAUCUUUCCCUCUGUUCAUCUUUCCCUCUGUUCAUCUUUCCCUCUGUUCAUCUUUCCCUCUGUUCAUCUUUCCCUCUGUUCAUCUUUCCCUCUGUUCAUCUUUCCCUCUGUUCAUCUUUCCCUCUGUUCAUCUUUCCCUCUGUUCAUCUUUCCCUCUGUUCAUCUUUCCCUCUGUUCAUCUUUCCCUCUGUUCAUCUUUCCCUCUGUUCAUCUUUCCCUCUGUUCAUCUUUCCCUCUGUUCAUCUUUCCCUCUGUUCAUCUUUCCCUCUGUUCAUCUUUCCCUCUGUUCAUCUUUCCCUCUGUUCAUCUUUCCCUCUGUUCAUCUUUCCCUCUGUUCAUCUUUCCCUCUGUUCAUCUUUCCCUCUGUUCAUCUUUCCCUCUGUUCAUCUUUCCCUCUGUUCAUCUUUCCCUCUGUUCAUCUUUCCCUCUGUUCAUCUUUCCCUCUGUUCAUCUUUCCCUCUGUUCAUCUUUCCCUCUGUUCAUCUUUCCCUCUGUUCAUCUUUCCCUCUGUUCAUCUUUCCCUCUGUUCAUCUUUCCCUCUGUUCAUCUUUCCCUCUGUUCAUCUUUCCCUCUGUUCAUCUUUCCCUCUGUUCAUCUUUCCCUCUGUUCAUCUUUCCCUCUGUUCAUCUUUCCCUCUGUUCAUCUUUCCCUCUGUUCAUCUUUCCCUCUGUUCAUCUUUCCCUCUGUUCAUCUUUCCCUCUGUUCAUCUUUCCCUCUGUUCAUCUUUCCCUCUGUUCAUCUUUCCCUCUGUUCAUCUUUCCCUCUGUUCAUCUUUCCCUCUGUUCAUCUUUCCCUCUGUUCAUCUUUCCCUCUGUUCAUCUUUCCCUCUGUUCAUCUUUCCCUCUGUUCAUCUUUCCCUCUGUUCAUCUUUCCCUCUGUUCAUCUUUCCCUCUGUUCAUCUUUCCCUCUGUUCAUCUUUCCCUCUGUUCAUCUUUCCCUCUGUUCAUCUUUCCCUCUGUUCAUCUUUCCCUCUGUUCAUCUUUCCCUCUGUUCAUCUUUCCCUCUGUUCAUCUUUCCCUCUGUUCCUCUUUCUCCUUUCCUGUGUAUUUCCCACCGCCAACUCGCUUCCUCGCUCUCUUCCUUGCUUUCUUCCUGAUUACCUUCGUCUUUCCCUCUCAUGCAUCCACAAUCCCCUAUAUCCUUUAUUUCUUAUCCUCAUUCCCUUCCUCUUGUUUUCUCUUCACGCUAGACGCCAUUAUUCAACAAAAACGUGCUCGCGCUGCUGCACAACCCCCGUAUUUCCCUCUGUUCAUCUUUCCCUCUGUUCAUCUUUCCCUCUGUUCAUCUUUCCCUCUGUUCAUCUUUCCCUCUGUUCAUCUUUCCCUCUGUUCAUCUUUCCCUCUGUUCAUCUUUCCCUCUGUUCAUCUUUCCCUCUGUUCAUCUUUCCCUCUGUUCAUCUUUCCCUCUGUUCAUCUUUCCCUCUGUUCAUCUUUCCCUCUGUUCAUCUUUCCCUCUGUUCAUCUUUCCCUCUGUUCAUCUUUCCCUCUGUUCAUCUUUCCCUCUGUUCCUCUUUCUCCUUUCCUGUGUAUUUCCCACCGCCAACUCGCUUCCUCGCUCUCUUCCUUGCUUUCUUCCUGAUUACCUUCGUCUUUCCCUCUCAUGCAUCCACAAUCCCCUAUAUCCUUUAUUUCUUAUCCUCAUUUCCUUCCUCUUGUUUUCUCUUCACGCCAGACGCCAUUAUUCAACAAAAACGUGCUCGCGCUGCUGCACAACCCCCGUAUUUCCCUCUGUUCAUCUUUCCCUCUGUUCAUCUUUCCCUCUGUUCAUCUUUCCCUCUGUUCAUCUUUCCCUCUGUUCAUCUUUCCCUCUGUUCAUCUUUCCCUCUGUUCAUCUUUCCCUCUGUUCAUCUUUCCCUCUGUUCAUCUUUCCCUCUGUUCAUCUUUCCCUCUGUUCAUCUUUCCCUCUGUUCAUCUUUCCCUCUGUUCAUCUUUCCCUCUGUUCAUCUUUCCCUCUGUUCAUCUUUCCCUCUGUUCAUCUUUCCCUCUGUUCAUCUUUCCCUCUGUUCAUCUUUCCCUCUGUUCAUCUUUCCCUCUGUUCAUCUUUCCCUCUGUUCAUCUUUCCCUCUGUUCAUCUUUCCCUCUGUUCAUCUUUCCCUCUGUUCAUCUUUCCCUCUGUUCAUCUUUCCCUCUGUUCAUCUUUCCCUCUGUUCAUCUUUCCCUCUGUUCAUCUUUCCCUCUGUUCAUCUUUCCCUCUGUUCAUCUUUCCCUCUGUUCAUCUUUCCCUCUGUUCAUCUUUCCCUCUGUUCAUCUUUCCCUCUGUUCAUCUUUCCCUCUGUUCAUCUUUCCCUCUGUUCAUCUUUCCCUCUGUUCAUCUUUCCCUCUGUUCAUCUUUCCCUCUGUUCAUCUUUCCCUCUGUUCAUCUUUCCCUCUGUUCAUCUUUCCCUCUGUUCAUCUUUCCCUCUGUUCAUCUUUCCCUCUGUUCAUCUUUCCCUCUGUUCAUCUUUCCCUCUGUUCCUCUUUCUCCUUUCCUGUGUAUUUCCCACCGCCAACUCGCUUCCUCGCUCUCUUCCUUGCUUUCUUCCUGAUUACCUUCGUUUUUCCCUCUCAUGCAUCCACAAUCCCCUAUAUCCUUUAUUUCUUAUCCUCAUUCCCUUCCUCUUGUUUUCUCUUCACGCCAGACGCCAUUAUUCAACAAAAACGUGCUCGCGCUGCUGCACAACCCCCGUAUUUCCCUCUGUUCAUCUUUCCCUCUGUUCAUCUUUCCCUCUGUUCAUCUUUCCCUCUGUUCAUCUUUCCCUCUGUUCAUCUUUCCCUCUGUUCAUCUUUCCCUCUGUUCAUCUUUCCCUCUGUUCAUCUUUCCCUCUGUUCAUCUUUCCCUCUGUUCAUCUUUCCCUCUGUUCAUCUUUCCCUCUGUUCAUCUUUCCCUCUGUUCAUCUUUCCCUCUGUUCAUCUUUCCCUCUGUUCAUCUUUCCCUCUGUUCAUCUUUCCCUCUGUUCAUCUUUCCCUCUGUUCAUCUUUCCCUCUGUUCAUCUUUCCCUCUGUUCAUCUUUCCCUCUGUUCAUCUUUCCCUCUGUUCAUCUUUCCCUCUGUUCAUCUUUCCCUCUGUUCAUCUUUCCCUCUGUUCAUCUUUCCCUCUGUUCAUCUUUCCCUCUGUUCAUCUUUCCCUCUGUUCAUCUUUCCCUCUGUUCAUCUUUCCCUCUGUUCAUCUUUCCCUCUGUUCAUCUUUCCCUCUGUUCAUCUUUCCCUCUGUUCAUCUUUCCCUCUGUUCAUCUUUCCCUCUGUUCAUCUUUCCCUCUGUUCAUCUUUCCCUCUGUUCAUCUUUCCCUCUGUUCAUCUUUCCCUCUGUUCAUCUUUCCCUCUGUUCAUCUUGAUGUUGCUCUCUCUCUUCAUCUGCCCUGCGGAGGAGAAGCUGUAGAUGCAGUGGGGUGGGUUGCGGUGUAUGCUGAGGCAGGCAGGCAGGCAUGCAUCGAGGUACGUCCUGGGAUUAAUGUUAGUGACAGAGCUGGCAGUAGCAGAGGGCAAAUCAAAUCUGAGAGUGACCUGAGGGAAGCCCUGACUCGCUUCGGCUCCAUCCUGCUGACGAGCUUCACUUCAGAUUUUUUUCCGCUGCGCCCUAGCAGAGCUUCUUUCGCCAUGAAACGAUAA